UGGAUCCCUCGUCCUUUUUUUUUUCCAGGGGACCGACACAUCUUCCCGGCUGCCCAGACCUUGCACGCGGUUCAGGUUGAGAAAAAAGAGCACAACAUUCCCAGACGCGUCUGCGGCGCUCCAGAACACACACACACACAUGGUCUUUUUUUCGUCUAGCAAACAACCCUGUACCGUGAAGACUAAUGGUUGUCUCCUCUAUGCAGCAUCACACCCACCAUCAACAACAACAGGGUCCUGUUCCUCCUCAUCUGCAGCAUUCUCGCCCCUCUAGCAUUGUUCAUCAACAGCAUCACAAUCAAGCCCCAGCGCAGCAACAGCAAUCCCACUCGAGCGCGUAUUCGUCCGGCCACUCGGUCUAUCAACCGCAGUCUCAGGCAAGCAACGCUCAAGAACAUUCGCUGUCGUACUACGGACACCAGCCGAGCCCGUACAGCACGCCAGGUGCGACUAGCGGGUACACUUCCGCAGACACCGGAGACAUGAUGGCUGCAACCAUGCCGAGACCACCGUAUCCCCCAAUGUCAUCCUACCACACUCCUCAGUCCAACUCGCCCGCCUCGGUAGCAUCGCCAUCAGGUCAUGAUCAGCAGAGAAGCAUGUAUGGACAGCCUCCUUCGCAAUUACACCAGCAGUCAAUGUACUAUGGCGGGCCUCAGCAACAGUACUCGUCCAUGUCGGCGCAGACUGCUUCUUCCCCGUACGCUCAACACCCGCAGCAAUCACACCAGUCUAUGGCCUCUCAACCGAGCAUGAUGAUGUCUCACACGGCUCCUCAGCACCAGAUGAGCCACCACACCUCACAGCACUCGCAGGCCGGCAUGACGGUCAGCCCUCGGCCUGGAAAGAUUGAGACUCAUGGUCUCACUAACCGGAUACCUGGACCCUCUGCUCCCGUCUCCAUCGGUAGCGCCUCAUCCACUGGUCCUCAGAAUGGUGCUCCUCUUACCGCGCCAGCUGGCGGAGCUGCUGGCGUGAAUCCCAACGCUGCCCCCGGACCUAUCCCCGCCACCACGCCCCUUGUGGUCAGGCAAGAUACCAACGGAGUACAGUGGAUUGCGUUCGAGUACUCUCGUGACAGAGUCAAAAUGGAGUACACGAUUCGCUGCGACGUGGAAUCGGUGAACCAGGAUGAGCUGUCGGCCGAGUUCAAGACGGAGAACUGCGUGUAUCCGCGCGCUUGCUGCCCCAAGGACCAAUACCGCGGAAACCGCCUUGUGUACGAGACCGAGUGCAACUCUGUGGGCUGGGCUUUGGCCCAACUCAACCCGCCUCUCCGCGGCAAGAGAGGUCUGAUUCAGCGGGCUGUUGACAGCUGGCGCAACAGCAACCAGGACCCGAGACUCAGAAGUCGUCGCGUCCGGCGAAUGGCCAAGAUGAACACGCGCAACAGCAAGGCUGGUUCAACGACACCGCAUGCCACCCACAUUGGUACCCCAACCGGCCCAGGGAUGCCCACCCCAACGGGCAUGGGAGCGAGCGGCAACCCGGCGAUUGGCAAGCCCGGCAUGGGCGGCAUGAACUCGUCGAUUCACCACCACCACGGCCAGCAGGAUGGGAGUGCCCAGGGGGGAGAUGAAGUCGGCGACGGAGAUUCCUACAUGGACGAGCAACAGCAUCACCACCAUCAUCAACCCCCGACCCAGGCUGGAUCUGCCUCGGGGUCCGAAGACCGUCCUUCUCAGGUUUUCACCGGCUACGGCUCCUACAACGGCGCGCCCACCCACGCUGGCUCGUCCAACUCGAUGUCGAUUCACGACCAGCUGAGCGGCUCGCCUCAUGCCAGUGGCGGCGGCGGCGCGAUUGCGGCUCGCAGGAUGAGCGCCGGGCGUGAUCCCCGGGAUGACGAGCCCGAGGAUUUGUUCCCCGAUAUCCCCGAGGCCAAGAAGCGCAAGUUUAUUCUGGUCGAGGACUCCGACAGGCAGAGCCGCCUCCGGGUGCGCGUCACGCUGGACGGCGUGGACACACGCGAGAUUCCCGAUAGCUUCCGCAAGAGCAGCAGUGUUUAUCCCAGGUCGUACUUCCCUCGGGAGAUGCAGAGCCCGCCCCCGAGCGCGACGGGAAGCAAGUUUUUCUUGGACGACGCGAGUGAUCAUGACGGUAACGAGGACGAUGGGACGACUGACACCGAGGGUCGCCGUGCUGGUCGCGGCGCCAGAAGCAGAGGUCGGACCAUGGUCAAGGUUCCCAUGGGCGAGGGCCAGGAAGGGGAGGUGGCCAUUCCGAGGAUGAGGAAGGGUUUUAGGGGGAAGGAGGUGAGGCUGAAUGAUUUGGGGUAUCGGAUGGCCUGGUUACAGAGUAGGGUGUUUGCAGGAAGGACGGUGUUUUUGCAGCGAGCUUUGGACUGCUACAGAAACAAGACCCGAAGCGCCAUGGAGUCGGUCAUGCAAGACGUCAAGACGGCGGCGCCGCAUUACGAGACGCGAGUCGGCAAGAGAAAGUGGAACGAUCGGAUGCGCGGGGGGGAGAAGAAGGAGGACGAUUAG